AUGUCCUUCGCCGUAUUCAGCGCGCUCUCUGCAGCUCUCCUGGUCGCCGUCCAGGCCCAGAACAUCUACACGUUCAACGACAACACCAUUACCGUUCCGAGCGUCUGCGAGGCUGGCUUCGACUACGGUUUUGAUCAGGUCCUCCUUACCAUCCCGUACAGCUAUUCGGAAGUGAUUAGCGUUGUCGGAAACUAUGGCAACAUCACAUGGACUGGCACCAACGCCACUUCUCUGAACGGAACAGACAACGUGGUCGGAACCGCACGCACGUACAAUUUUGGUGGCGCAGUCGUGACUGAGAGUACGUGAACUUGCGACAUCACGGGAUCACGGGCUAGCUAACAGUCACGCAGCCAUUGACGAGUAUUCGAAACCACCGGCAGGGCCCUACGUGGAAGUCCACACGACCUCGCUUUCGGAAUACCCAUCCUACAACCUUAGCGUCUACAUUCCGACCGACAGCUCCGUCUUCAGCAGCGUCUGCAAUGGCAAGGCCACGCUUCUCAACAUGUAAGCACCACCACAGAUUCAACCAAAUCCUCCCUCUCGCCGCUAACAUUCAUGAUGACACAGGACGACGGUCUUCUGCGCCAACAACGUCACCACAGCCGGUACUAUCUUACAUACUGCCCAUAGCGAACAGCUCGCAUCGAUUGGCAAGCUUCUCGGCGGGCAGAACUACACCGGUUGCGGCUCCACUUCUCCCUCGAACGGCACAAGCAGCGGAGGCUUUGCUUCUCCUACGCCGAGCUCCACUGCGCCGAUAGAGCCGUUCACCGGAGGUGCUCGGGGGCUGAGUGCUGCGCUGCCUGCUGCUGCUGUCGUGUUGGUGGCUGUUGGGCUCGGUGCUUUCGGGCUUGCAUGA